UUAUUUUAUUUUUCCACUCAUCGGAAUAUGAGUCGCGGCGUUGUUGCGAUGGCGUGGCGGCCGCCGCAGGACGACGCGGUCGAUCUGAUGCUCGCGAGCGGCCACUUUACGCCUCCGCCGCCAUCUCAGCCCGGCCGCAGCCAUAGUCAUAGUCUCAACAACCCCGCUGUCAGUGGCACUCAGAGCCAGAACCAGAGCCAGAGUCGGACGGCGUCGAUGUCAUCACUACCGUCGUCCGAUCGCGCGGCCGUCCGCAGCGGCGACUCUGCGACAACGCCAGUCUCGUUUUCAUCUUCAUCUUACGCUGCUGCUGCUGCUGAUGUUGCGUCGUCUGGGUCGGUGACGGAUCGCGUUCUGGCGGCAAUGCAGCGCGACCGCUCUGAAACCACAACGACGCCGACGCCCGAUCCGCAGCUCGCCCAUGACGAGGGCAGCAGCAGCAGCAGCAGCAGCACUGGUCGUGGCAGUAAUAGUCAUAGUAAUAGUAAUAACCACACUGGCAAUGUGAACGUGGCGGGGCUGCCGUUUCAGCGCCCGCUCUGGCUCGGCGACGGCGCGCUCAGCUGUCUGCGCUGUGGCCAGCCGUUCUCGCUCGGGCGCCGCAGACACCACUGCAGGCAAUGCGGUCGAGUGCUGUGCCACACAUGCUGCACUACAAAACUACCACUGCCGUUGCUAAACUACUCGGAACCGGAACGUGUUUGCGAUGACUGCGUUCCGGUGGCAAAGCUGGUCUCUGCUGCACUGGCAGCGUCAUUGUCGCCGGCUCCAAACUCGGCGUCCAUUCUGGAGGACAAUGCCGGGCGCGAAUCCGGCUCCGAGUCCGUCCGCCAGCUCGUCCGAGUGGCACGCACAUUAUCCGAGCUCUCCGCGCGGGACGAUUGGUUUGCUCGCGUUGUGAGCCAAGGUGGCAUUCUCGCCCUUGCCCGAUUGUGUCGGAGCUCGUCAACAGAGGUGCAAUUCUUUGCAACCGAGGGCCUGUUUCACAUUACCAAGCGCCCGUCGGCGCAUGCAUCGCUUGCAAGACUCGGUGUGUGCAGAACUCUGCUCGCACUCAUUGGCCGCACUGCUUCUGAUAGCGCGCUUCUGAACGUGCUGCGAAACCUGUGUAUUCUCAGCAAAACCGAGGAGACGCGCAUACUACUGCUGCAGGACAACAUCAUUCACGCCGCUCUCUAUCUCUCGACCUCGUCGAUCGUGUCGGAUGCGGUGCAAACAUUAGCAGGCCGAUGCCUCUCCAUCCUCGUGUCGUUCGAAGCCGGGCAGUCUGCCAUUGUGGCGGAUCGCAAGGGUGCCUUACGAUCACUGCAGUCCCUUCUGCUCUCCCCAAACGAGAUUGUGCAAAAGUAUGCUGCUAAAAGCAUUGCGUUCAUCACGAUGCACUCGGAGCGCGCUCGUGCGCGCGUUCUGAAUGAGGACAUGACCAUGGGCGGUGCGCUGGUCAGUGUUCUGUGCGUUUGUCCGAAUUUGCACACCAUCUCGCAUUGCGCAUGCGCUGUCGCCAACCUUGCCAGCACCCUGGAAAGCCAGCUCAUCAUUCCACCCGAGAUGAUUACCGCUCUGUGCAUCCUUGCCGUCGAGCACUCGUCCGUGGUGGAGAUGCAAUGCCAUGUGGCGCGAGGCUUGGCUAACUUUGCCCUCUUUGAGCGCAAUCAUGACACGAUUCUGGAUGUGAUUUCGCAAGUAUUUCAGCUGUUUUCUGUUCCCUCCGACGAGAUCCACCGGCACGUGUUGCGGGCCAUUGAAAAUUUGCUCACCAAGGCCUCAAGCGCGUCCGCAACAUCCAAGGCCAGGAAGGUCUUGCUGCAGCGGUCGGACACGAUGGCACACAUUCGGCAGUUGGCUGGGGUGGCAAACUCCACUAGCCCGACCGAGGCAGUAGACAAUGAAUUGGACUCUUAUUUGGCACCUGAAGCGACACGAGAGCGCGCUCGGGGCGUCUUGGUGCUACUGGGAGAACUGCCCAGCCCGACGGCGGCUGAUUCGACUUUGCCAGUCGUGCCGUCGCUCGCUUUGACGCCCAUCGACAAAUCGACCAGCGUAACCUCGACCCACAGCAUUCCCACUGGCUCGCUGACAACGUCCAAUUCAACCGCAAUGCCCAGCCUGCUCGCCAACAGUCAUUCGGCUGCUGCAUCCCCCGUAACCGUUGUGGUUGCCACGAGCGCGCUCGCAGUGGCGCAUUCCUUCCAAAGUUUGUCCACAAAUGCAGCUGGCUCGGAACCGGCCGUCACCCACACGAAACACCAGUUCACUACUACUACUUCGCACGAGCAGUAUUUGGCGCAGCUCGACCUCGCUCAUCAGUCGGCCUCGCUCGACACCAUCAUGUCUGCCAUGCAGAGUCAGCAGCGCCAGCACCCAUUUUCGGACGUGCCAAGCUUGCGGCAGCAGAUUGAGGCUGUCCAGGCGCACAAUUUGCGGGCUGACUCUUCAUUGGCCGUGAGCAAGUCAUCCGCCGCUGGGUUUCAGUACAUGACGAAGCCUGCGAGUGAUAGCUCGCUGGCGCCAGCAGGAAGUACAGAAGACUCUCACGGACGCACCGCCUCCACUACUUCUCUGCAUUCGCUGCAAGGUGCGUUGGUCGACCCUCCCAUGGCGCCGACAGCCCAUCUCAGUAGCUCGCCCAAUAACUAUGCUGCGAGUCACGCUGCCACGCGCACCAGAACACGAACACGGACCAUGGACACGACGGGCCCUCCCAGCUUUGGCUCUCCCGUGAACAGCAGUGGAAGGCCAUCUCCCGCGUUCCAUCCGGGCGAGCUAAGUCCAGGCUUUGUCGCGGCCGUGUCCCACACCGGAGUCGACGCGCUCGUAACGCUUCGUGCCCGUUAUCAAGAGCGACUUGACAAGCUGCUGCUGCAACAACAGUCUCACGUGCACGCCGACAUGAGCGACUCGAUGGACAAAGACGUGGAUCGGCUUCAUGCCAAGAUCGCUCAACUAACGCUUGAUAUUGAAGCACAUCAACCUGGCGAUGGGAUUAUUACGCCUUAAAUGCUGCAAAAAAAAUGGGGUUGGCUGAAUCACUGAAUACUGUAGAUCUUAAAUGUCACAAUGUUAAAAAAGAAUGCAAUCAACAAUGAAAACGAAAUGAAAGUUUAUGGCAAA